AUGAGACUGCCUAGAAGAGCAGGAGACGCGGCGGAGCUGCGCAAGACCCUGAAGCCACUGCUGGAGAAGCGCCGGCGCGCAAGGAUCAACCAGAGCCUGAGCCAGCUAAAGGGGCUGGUAUUGCCCUUGCUGGGCGCGGAGACUUCCCGCUACUCGAAGCUGGAGAAGGCGGACAUCCUGGAAAUGACCGUGCGCUUCCUGCAGGAGCAGCCUGUGUCCCCCUACCCUACUGCAGCGCCGGAGCCCUUGGAUAGUUACCUCGAGGGUUACAGAGCCUGUCUGGCGCGCUUGGCGCGCAUGCUGCCGGCCUGCAGCGUCCUGGAGCCGGCCGUGAGCGUGCGCCUGCUGGAGCACCUGCGGCAGAGGACUGUCAGUGGUGUCCCACCUUCACAGACACCUACACCCGCCCCUGCUCCAGCUCCCUCUCCGCAGGUGCCUCCUCCAGGCAGCCCUGGCCUCUGGCGGCCCUGGUAG